ACACAGACACAGACACAGCUGCUAGGAACCAUGUCAGAAGAUGACGGAUACAGUUGUCGCAAACGGACAAGUCAAGUUCAGAGAUGGAAAAAAGUGGAAGACUCGGUGCGUCGUUCUUCGGAAGCCCUCUCCAGUCGCAGACUGUCUGUCUCUGCUGGUGUAUAAGGAGAAGAAGAAAGGGAAGGAGAAGGGCAGCAACCAGAAGGAGAGGCUCAGUGUAACUCUGGAGGGGAUCUGUGGUGUAGAGCCAGGGCCCGGAUAUGACGGGGUAUCCUACACCCUCUCCAUCCUCUGUCUGGCACACACGCUGGUCCUGGGCUUCAACAGCCGAGACGCCCUGCUGGCCUGGGAUGCCCGCGUCCGCUACAGCCUGGGAGAGGUCCACAGGUUCAGUGUAAAUGUCGAGCCGGGUACCAAACUGGAAAGCGGACCCGCGUCCCUCCACUUGUGCAACAACCUAUUGGUACUCACCAGAGGCGUCCCUCCUGUCGUCAUUGGCCACUGGAAGUUGUCGGCGUUGCGUCGAUAUGGUGCGGUGCCAAAUGGCUUCGUGUUCGAGGGCGGGACUCGCUGCGGAUACUGGGCUGGUGUUUUCUUCUUGUCCUGUUCAGAAGGAGAGCGCAUCAGUUUGCUGUUUGACUGCAUCGUCAGGGGCAUCACCCCCAGCAGGACCCCUCAUGGCCUGCGCCCUGUCCUGCCAGCAGAUCCCUAUGCUGACCCAGUGUCAGCAGAGAAACGAAUCAGCCAGGAGGCAUCAGAGCUGGAGAAAAGACUCAGUAUGUUAUCUCAUUGCAGCCUUGCAAGCAGCACAGCUUCCACUUCCAGCUGCAGCACAUCUGUUGCGGGGGACGACCAAAGCAGCAUCUCCAGCUCCUCCUCCAGCCAAUCUGAUGCGAGCUAUGGAAGCAGACUUCCAUUUUGGGUGGAGCCGUUAUCUAGACCGUACCUCUCCAAUGAGACGCCGUCAAGCUCCUCCACGCUAAAUGCUUUGACCAGUUCAGAUGACCGGCUUUAUGCUGCUGUGAUGGGAAGCUCUGGGACGCGUCCAUCCUCGGCCCAGCUCAAUCCUCGAUGUCUCCAUGACAGCGGGCGCCAGAGCUCAUUAGACAGUGGGAUCGGGAUAGCGACAGGCAGUCAGUCAUCAUACUCAGGAAGUGUCUCCUCAUAUACAGGAAGUCUGGACAUGGCCAGCCAGAGAGGGGAGGGAGAGUUUGGCUCCGUGGCCAGCCUCCCUGCUCCACCUAAUCCUCCUCCUACACCUCCUGCCGUUCAUCCCCCCACUCCUCCUCUUCCUCCCCCUCCUUUUCAGUCCACCCUUAACCUAGAGCACAGUUCUGCUACCUCCCCCUGCCCUUGUGCCUCCAGAUCUAGCUCUCGUGCAUCCCCGAUGCACAGUGAGGAGUAUCAAAUUCCCAGCCUGCUCGGACUGUGGUACGACACCCCCAGGAGUCUGCUCCAGACCCUGUCCCUGAGGGAACCCUCCGUCCAAGAAAGCCCACCUGAGCUGGCCAGGGACAGCAGGAGCCGUAGGGAUGGAGUGGGUAGUCAAGGACAAAGGUUGAGCAACAGCCCCAAAGGACUCAGGGCUCAGCGUCAGGUCAUGAUGCAGCGCUCCUACUCCUGGGGCAGUGAGAGGGCGCCCUCUGUGGACAGUGAGGGGAGGUCCACACCUAGACCCCUGCUGGUUCCUGGAGGCUCGGUUUGUGGAGAACCACAGUGCAGUCAUGGUUUGGACAAUUACAUUACACCAGAGCAGUGGCGGUCAGUGAGGAACAGAUGCUUGACUCAGGUUGCCAACUCACCAUCAGGCCUGUCGCCGUCUGUAGAUACACAAGAUCAUCCCCUCCGUGUAAGAGAGGAGCAGUAUGAUGAUGUUGGUGAUAAGUUGGCAGGUCUGAAGAAAAUGGUGCCCUUACUGCCACCCUCUGCCCCUCCACCUCUGCCUGUUGCACCGAGCAUGCAUAGGCCAACAUCAGCCUGCGGUAUGUUCCAGUCUGCCCUUGAAGCUCCUCCGUCGGUAUCCCUGGACUCCGGGCUCCAUUGUGACAGCACUGUUAAUUAUGUUAACAUCCCCAUCAGCCCCCUGGCAGCUAGAACCAACAGAGAGCUCCUCUACACAGAGCUGGACCUGCAGGAGCCCAGUUCACCUCCAGUCUCCAGUCCGUUCAGUGCUGUCAGAGGUAACACUUUGCAGCUCUGUAGACCCAAAGAGGGCUCCAUCAGGUACGCCCACCUCAACAUCACUGCCAUGGAAACAGCUCAGAGAGUGGGGGCGGAGCAUGUUCAGGGUAGAGAGGAAAGACUGACUGAGCUGGAGAGCAGGCGGUGAGGGCCACCAAACACACCCAACUCGACAGUUCAUUGCAGAUUCUAUCUGAAUACGCUUAAUUGCAGUUGGUCAUACCAAACAUUGCUACUUGUACUUAACACAGCCACAGUUGUACCAGUGAACAGAAAUGUCCACAAACAAUCCAUUCCACUAAGAAUUAGAAGGAAAUGUCUGGGAAGUCUCUUACGCAGCUGCCAUCUUGGAUGUGUUGUAAGUUCUCAUAUUCUUGUACUUAAAUUAGUGCUUGACUUUUUACCACAGAAAUAAUUGUCGUUUUGCUGCAUGGUACUUAUGUAUGCCUCUUUUAGAUUCUCUCAGGUGACUGUUGAGCAUUGGUAUAAAUGGCCUUAAUUAUGAGGGUAUGGCACUGAUAUUUUAGAUAAUCUUAAAUUCUAGCUAGAUUUAGUUUCUUCAGGCUGGCUGUUUUACUAAGAGUUGAGAGAUCAAUGAGAAAGCCACACUUGAGUCCCAGCCUGCUUGGCUAUCAUUCCACAUCAGAUCUUAAAAGCAUUUGAAGCAUCUUUGAGUUAUACCUUGAAUACAAAUUACAUUAAUCCAGGACUAUGUGGCCCUAACGGCAACAUUAUUCAUCCCAGCAAUCAAUGUCUGCUUCUGGUCUGAAUUGAUGAAUGAAAAAGCACAGUGUGUGUUCCAUUUCUCACCUCCCUCUUGAUAUCAUCAAGACAAAUUGUCAAACAUUUGGCGCUAAUUUAUUUUUAUGGUGGCAGUUCCCCACUGGUGUGUCUGAGUAGAAGAGAGUUAGAAAAACUUAACCAAAAAUGUUAAAAGGUAUAGUUUAGAUGUUCUGAAGUGGGGUUCAAUCAUUAGUUAAGUGUACGCUACAUUUAGAAUAUUUUCACUCACUGCUACAACAUUCUACAAGUAGAAUGUUCAUAUUCCUGUCUCCCUCUGCAAAAGUUCUUCUUCUGUAUACUCUAGCUAAUAAAAGGUUUUCUCCACAGUGAACAGCAUUUCACCGUUGCUGUCAUAAUCCCUCAUACAAUCCCACUUCAAAUGAUCCGAACUAUCCCUUUAACGUCACUACAGGGACAGCUUUCCUCUACAGGAUUUGUAAAUAGUAACUGCUUUUAUUUAUGGCAAGACGAUAACCAUAUUAAAUUAUAUUUUUAAAAUAUUACUGUUUGUAUGUUGUUGGCACAUGUAUCGUACUGAUUAAAGAUUGCUGUUACA